GCAAACCGUGCAAACAGAAAAGAGAGAACACACAGUUGGAAAUGGCAAGUAAAUAAUAUGUGCCAGAAGUAAUCAAAACAAAAGGAUUUAAAGUUACGUACAUCUUGUUAUUUGUUGUUUCUGUUUCAAUUCUUGGAGGAAUUCGUGUAAAAAAAAGUCUCCUCGAUGUAGGACGAAACAACUUGUUUAAUGCACACAGUAGGAUCUAUGAAUCUUCCAGCAGUUGUGUCAGUGAUUACCAAGGAAUCGCACGUUUCAAAAUUGAGAAUAGUUAGUGUAAAAAUGGGAAACUAGCGAAAGUUUUUGGUGCAUAGACAAUUUGCGCAUGAAAAUUUCACCGGGACAAAUAUUGACAACAACGCCACUUGAUAUCUGAAGCACACGUUGAUUCUCACAAUCAAUAUUUUCCUUACGAAAGCUGUUUUAAUCUCGGUGGUAAGAAAACAAACAGCAGUGAUUAUGACAUCGCCGGUAAGGGGUUCGGGAACACCGCCACAACAGAUGUCCCCCGCUGGGAUCGACACUCUUUGGCUAAAUUUUCUGAAUGUAAGCAGCGGCGAAGAUGAAAACAGUUCCGACGAUGUUUGUAAUGACCAGAACGGAACAUUCUACGCUGCCGGUGCAAAUAAGAUCGCACAAUUGGAAACAUUCUUGCAAGCGUUUGGUACGCUCAGCGAGGAUCAGCGAAUUCAGUUCCAGCGCUCAGUCAUCUCGGAGUCUAUAUCAUCCACCUUAUCGCGGUACUUACUGCUGUUUAUUUACAAGAUUUGUAAUUCACCGAAAAGUGUUGCCUCCGUUAGCGGAGACGCUUUGGAUGAGAAAUCAUGCAAAGGUAGCCAAUCCAUUAGCGCGGCGUGGAACAGCACUGCAGACGACACCACACAAGUGAAUUCUCUGAGCAGCAAUGAGAAAGAAAGUAUCAAUGGAACGGAUUAUGGCGAAAACCGGUGUCAAGAUUUGAGAGAAUUUCUCCUGGAAGGUGUUGGUGGGAGAAUUCUGCAAUCGCUGGAACAUAUUGGAACGGAGGAUAUUGUGAACGAUCGUGAAUUCGCUACCGUACUUAUUCGAAUCCUGCCAACCAAAAAGUGGCGAGACUCAUACCAAGCUGAGCUUCCUUAUUGCCCUGCGUAUAAUUCUCGUCUAUUGCAAUUGUUCGGGAUGCGUACCUGUAAUAGUGAAUGGCGCAAUGGCAAAAAGCAAGUGAUCAAGAGCUUAAGUCCGACCGAAUCUAGCAAUGCGGAGAAACAAACGGAGCAAAUGCAACUGGCGCAUUCACGCGUUACUUCAACACAAGAUCAGCUAACGCUUACAAUACUCAACCUGCUCGAAAGCUUGGUGAUGAACGAAAACGUGUCCACGAUCGAUGAAAAAUCCGUUACUGUUAGUUGUCUUCGGAUGGCAAUUGAUCGUCUGCGACAGCAAGUAUUAUUCGAAGAAUGUCCACGAAACAGGUCGAUCAUCAGACAUAAACUGCUCGGGAUCCUGAUGUUGAGUUUAAACAAUUUAUUUUUUCUCGAUAAAAUCGAAACUGAUCACAUUAGCUUGAAGCAAGUGUCCUCACAAGUCAUGGAAAUACUGCGCAUCGAAUUGGAGCUGAAUAGCUCGGACCCGAUUAGUUGUGAUUUCAUUUUCAAUCUCACCUAUACAAUCGUCUCGAGCGUAAACCAGUCGUUUCUACAAUUCUGUGAGAAUCUAGUCAGUGAACAGUACUUUUACCCAACGUUUCGACUACUCGAAAGCAAUUUGGAAAUCAUCAAGCAUGUCUACGGUCUGCUGCAUGCAUCCAACAGCAAUACUCACGGGAAAAUAAUCGAUAUUCUGCUGACUAUGCAUCGAAAUUUCGUCGAAACGCUUGCCCCGAACAGGACCAAUGGAAGAAGAAUGUCGAAAGGACGCCAUCGCCUUCAUCAUGCUCGUCAAGAUCCACGAACAAUGUACGUGUGCGCUCUGGAACGCAUCCUGCUCAACGUGUUCCCAGUCGUUAAGUUGUCCGAUCAGCGAACACUGUUAAAGUUUUUCAGUGAAAAUCAAAUCUGCUGUUGCAACGCAACCAUCGGAACUCUUGAGGUUCUGCUGAGACGCACCAAUUUUGAUCUGGUGCAACGAAUAUGUCUGAAUUUCGCCAAUCGAAGUGUGAUACGUGCGAUUUUCGAUCAAUCGGAUUGUGACACCUGCAAGCAAGAGCAUUCCAAUAAGAAGUUCGUUGAACGAUUCACUGCAGUUCAUUGUGAUCUAUUCGAUGCCUACGCUCGAGUAGAGGAUCGUCCACGAAUGCCGAUUUUUCUUAAGUACCUCCUAGAUGUGGCCAACGUAAUUUCACCCGAGCUGGCUGAGGUUGUACUGUUUGAGUUGGUGUUGCCGCAGUUACGAAAGGAACUGGAUCGAUUUGGCGAUGAUGGAGCGGUGGAAGACAUAACCAAAGAGAUUGUGAAUGGUUGUUUGCAAAUUGUGGCUCGCUGUUUGAAGGGAGCGAGUCUGUUCGAGGCGCUUUUCACGGAGGAGAAUCUGACAAUGUUCGUAAAAUUGUCACGGCUGGCGGAAUUCAUCUACCAGGUGGGGGUUAUUCUGAAGCUUGGAAUCGAACACCAACAGCCCCAGUUCGAUGAAGUGAGCGAUAAGUUGGGGAGAAUUUUAAUACACAAUUUGCGGGGACUGUCCCAAUAUUUCGAACAACUUUUCCGAACUCUGAAAUCAAGUGAUGUGCAAAUUAAUCUGAAGGUGGGGUUUACUAAGAACACAGAGGGGAUGGUGUGGAACGGGACAACCGCAGACAUGCUGCAGAUUUGUGUUGAACACUGGAAGCUGAUUAGAUACUUGCUACAAGUUAACAAACGUUUCCACGAUACCUUUGUCAAUCAUUUUGACGAUGCGGAAAGCUUCCUGCUCCUAAUCCACAAUCUAUUCAGUCUGCUUAUGCACCAUGGAGGUAAACGAAGCCCGCCGCCACUCAGCGAGCUGACAGAUCUCGACGAAUCGGCCAGCCCAGAACGUCGGAGCAUUCUUAACAUCUUUCAUUUCAAUGACCAAUUGCUCGAAAAUCAUCCGCUGCCGAGUGGAGACAUGUUCUACGGGAACGAUUCAACGUCCUCCAGUCACCAGGAGGAGAAAGAUUUCUCAUUUCUCCGUGAGAAGUCCGUACUGAAACUACCCACUGCAUCCCAGGAAACAUUGGACAACGGAAGGAUGGAGAAACAUUGGUCGCUGAUGGAAAUGUUCAACAUCAAGAGCUUCGUGGUUGAACUGGUGGAUGAAUAUAUUACCGGCACAAAGUCACCGACUCGACAGGAGGAUUUGCCGGAGCAAGUCAAGCAGCUGUUAUCCACCAGAGGAUUCAUACGUAAGCGGAUAGCCAUACUGGUGGAACUGAUGCUAAGCGCGUUCCAACUGUUGGCAUAUGAAAACAACCAGUUAGAGGACGCAAUGCAAUCCGCCUUAAUCGAGCUUAAAAAGCUCCUGCUGAGUGGAGCCUUCGAGGACUGGGACUCGCCGGAAACGACAAAAAAUGUGAUGAACGCUUUGCAAUCGUUGCUCAAGAUUGCCGAAGUUCGAUGUGAAAGUGCAGCGGGCGUGGAAAAUGUGGAUGUGUUGGGGGACGAUAAUGGGUACUUCUUUCCGGUGCACCCAUUCGGGAGGAAGAAAUCCGCCAGCGCGGAAGAUGAUAUCAGCUCAACGGACGAAAGCUACACGACGGCUUUCGAUGAUGGGUACGAGGGGGAUUGUGAGUAUGAUCCCCUGCUGCCUUCGGUGGUGACGAGGAAGAACAGUUUUCGUUCGAAGCGACCGGGCUGCGUGAAAAUUGAUCAGAACAUAUGCACGAUCGUAGUCGAUAUUCUGAUGGAGCUUUCGAAAGAAUGCGCAAAAAAUCCGAAAAAUUGGUGCCCUGUUCUCGCUCAGAUGGUUUUGAAGCUUGGUGGAAUUAGGGAUCAUUUGGGUGGGUCGUUGCACUUGAUUACCGGUUUCGGCCCGAUUCUGGCGAAGAGUGACCUGCUGCUAAAGGAAUUGCAAACAUCUGUCUUGGAGUUGAUAACCGAUUUGGAAAGUCCCAAAGUGUUUACGAAAUUCUUGCAACUACUCAGCCUAGAAGAUCCUCCGGUUCGGUUAAUUCUGUCGAAGCUGAUGAAUAUCGUUGAUACGAAAUUCAAAUUGGAAUGUUACACAGAGAUUGAAUUCCCGAAUCUCAACGAUGAUGGCACUCUUGUGUCGACUUGUGAUGUUAUGUUGUCCAAAAAGAUCAACUAUCUACGGGAGCAUCAUCGCUAUUACAACAUUCGGUCACCCUUCACUUGCUCGGCCAAAAUGAUACCUCUAAAUUAUGUUAACUUCAGUCCGUGGAAUAAAGAAGGUUCAACUGCUUCUGCUUGGUUCCGAUUGAAUCUAAAUCAGCAGGACAGUAACCGGCUUUCCCUGACCCAUUUAAUUUCGGUAGGAAGCGAAAAACAAAUCGUAUCAGUGUUUCUCAACCGCCAACGACAGUUCACGGUACGUUUCAAUAAACCCGAUCUGAUAAUCUCCAGUGCCAACACCAAGCUAUACCUAGAGAAUGCACUGGGGUUAUCGUGUUGUGACGAUUGUGCCAAAGAGCUGUCACAUCUGUGGACCUAUAAAAGUACUAUACGCCCCAUUCAACCAACAGCGCAAGCCUUCCGCAUCGAUACUCCAGGAGCACAAUGUGUUUACUGCUACAAGCAGCUACGAGUUGGACGAAAGGUAGCGAUAACUAGCAAACCUCCGAAUGAUUACUUCUACGACCUUAAUUCUGGGCAAUAUUUGGUGAAAGAUCUCCAGCUGACCGACGAUCGCUGGCACAUGUUGGUUCUUUCCGUCCAGCAGCUCGACGAUUACGUUUCUGUGGUCCUGACGCUGGAUGGAGUACAGCAACAAACGCUAACGAUAACGGAUCCGUGCAAAAUUCAUAUCGACACUGCCCUACCAGUACUGGCCAUCGGCCAUCGUAUUGGCGUGGAAGACGAUUAUCCAGUAAAGUUUUCGCUUUCAAAUGUCCAGCUUUUUGGCAAAUGUAUCACCGACAACUCCAUACUAGUCAAUUUAUACGCAAUUGGACCCAACUGGAUCGAUUUGACGGGGUUUUCAAACGGAGAAAGCAUUCCCAAUUACGGUAGCAUUGAUCUCAGUAAAUUGACCCUCGAGGAUCUUCAGCCUGGGAAUGCAUUCGAGCAGCUUAAACGUUUUCUCAUCGGUUACUACACAGCUCUCAAACCAGAACAAUUCUUUUUGAGCAAACCUGGUGCGGGAAAGAUCAGUCUCGGGAUGAUGAGCUUCUCGCCUUGUGUAUUCCCGAAGGAUAAUCCAUCACUCCAGCGUUCGAUUCUGCUGUCCGGAGGUAUCACUGUGCUAUUGUUCGCAUUCGCGCGUGUCGUUGAACUAACAGAAUCUUCGCGAGUUCAUGCGGAUGCGCUAAACUUACUUCUGCGCGUCGCUCAUGAUAACCACGACUUCUACAACGAAUUCCUCCAGCGGGAUCUACUGGAAUUGGUGGGGAUCGUACUGAAGAACAAAAAGUGUCGGAAGGAGAUCUGUGUGCUGGCAGCUUUGUUGGAAGUGACAUUCGACCAACUCGUUCUGACUCGAAGAAAUGACGCUUACAGUGUCCGGAGCAACUCUAUGGCCAGGGUUCGAUAUCCGGAGAUCAUAAUCUUCUUCUUCGAAAACUUUCACAUAUGGAACGACCGCUCGGAAGAAGUGCUCAAUCUUGUGUUCGAAGUCCUUACCGUUGUCACUCGCGAGAAGCAUCCCGGAAAUGCGUAUAACAGCAAACGUCUCGCUACAGCCGGACUGGUACCCACAUUGAUUGAUUUCUGUCGAAUGAAUUUUGUAAUUCCAUCGAAAACCAUUAAAAUAUCUAAAUUUGCUGCUGACUCACUGGUAGCGUUGGUCUCCAGCCUGUCGAGUAGUCCUCCGAGCGUGAAUCUGUUGAGGGAGAUCAUCGAACUGCUUUUGCUGAUGCACAAGCCAACCGAUAGCUACGUGACUCACGAUCGCCAGAAGUUCUACUUCAACAUUAACGCUCAGAUUCCGAGCCGUAGCCCGAAAAGCAAUGAUACCAACAUCGCUCAACGUUUGAAUUUUCGCGAACGUCGACUCAAGCUUCGCAAAGUUAUUCCUUUGGCACUGUCGACUUCCACCACAAAUUCUUCCUUCGAUUCUACGGCCAGUUGCAUCGAGCUGGCGAAACUUGGCGGUAGAAAAUCUGAGUCAAGCGAUUCCACCACAGAUACACCGAGAGGCGGUCCUGCGGCCGAUUACGAGGCAAACUAUGCGCGAUUGAAUGAAGCCUUGUCCGAUUUAAGCGUUCGGAAACGACAUCUGAAGACUGGCAGACAUAAAGUUCGGCGAUUGCGAACGCAGAGCACACGCGCGUGCCAAAUCUCGAAGGAGCGCAUACCGAUGUCGAAGAGUUGUGUGCGUAGAGAUACCCAACGAUCAACGCAAUCACUUCCUGUCAAGUUCAAAUUUUUCGAGCAAAAUUACUUCGGCACGGGAAACGAUUUCAUCCAGGAGAGUUUCCUCCGUGCGAUGUGUGAUUUCCUGCUGAUCCUACCCGACAGCGAGGCGAAGGAGUUUUUCGACUCGGACAACAAAAUCAUCGAAACGAUUCUCAUACUGGCGAACAAUUCCAACAUCCGGAUCCGGACUGCGAUCAUCAAUCUAACUGCGGUUAUCAGCGAUCGAGUGUCUAGCGGGUCGUCAGCCCAACUUAACUACACCGACGAGCAGCUCAAGAUCUUCUGGCACCAUUUGGGCAAUCAGAUUGGUUCGCACAGUGUGAACGUGGAUUUGUUAAACUGUUGUCUGCGUUGGGUUACGAAAAGCAGUGCAGCGCUUGGCUUGGAAUCGCUCGUUUCCGACUAUCAGUUCGAUGUCGUGCAGGAGAGUGGAUUGAAUGUGUUGCAGGCGAUUCUACCACAAUCGUGCGUGGAUCCAAGACUGUUCCAAGUGGUGUUGAAUUUGAUCGACAACAUUUGCACGAAACAACCCAAAGCUGCGCACUAUAUGGUGGACAAUGGACUGAUUUGGACGGUGGUGAAAACGGCUAUCAAAAUGCACGAGAAGGGUGAUUGUGAACAAACCAGCAAUCCGGACAGUUUCCUCGAGUUUAUUACCAAUUUUUCCCACAGAGCACUGGCUUCAACCAUUUUUUUUUGUCUGCAGUCUUUCUGGGAUUUGAUCAAUGGUUUAACGCUAGCCGAGAAACAUAAAAACCCAAAGGUAACAAAUGGGAUCCGUGACAUACACGCGCUUCUCUUCCAAAAUUUGCUUCGGUUUUUCAUAUACCACCCGACAGAAUCAAUCAUCGGCCACCGGAAUAACUCAUUUACGGUGGACCUUCCCGAGUGCACCAUACCGAAGACUGAGGUGAAAAUUCGCUACAACCAAAUCCACGACAAAGCCGUGCAGCUGAUCACCAGUUGUGGUGCGGAUCACAAGAUUUCCGACGCGGAAAUAUUGCUCAUCAAGAGUCUCAUGAAACGAACCCUCAACGGGAAUCCACGUGGGGGUAAUAUAAUUUUGUGGUGUCUACUUCCGAAGCGGCCAAUCGGACUGAAAUUGUACACGAUCAAACAACUUGGUCAGUAUCUGGACGGUGGAAACUAUCUGUCGCUGAUAUGCGACGUUCGAAUGCUGAAGGUAUUCACGCAGAGUAUACUGCUGAUGAACAAAAAAGACAUGAGCUCGGAGGAUUUCGGUUUUGCUACCGCGUUCUGUCAGGCAAUCGAGGGAUCUCAAAAUAGCACCUGGACGCUGACUCAAACGCUGGAAGAGUUCGACUACUUGCGGAUGGUGAACUUGAACGACCAGGAGCAAAUUAUUUUGAAAUCGAUCAGCAAACAGGAGAAACGGAUUUACACCUGCACGGUCACUGCGAUGGAUAUCACGAGGAAAAUUGUCGAAAAUCAGAACAAACUGCGCAAGGAAUUGAUCAUUCUGCUGAAGAAGGACAGUGACUUCAAAUUCUUCAACCAGUGGAGACAAAUUAUCGAUCAGAUGACCCACGAGGAUGCGCCCUGGUACAACCCGAAUCUCUAUCCGAGCUCUUGGGAGCUGGAUGAUACGUAUGGUUCCGAUUUGGCACAGAAGCGAAUGCGGAGAUGUCAUAUGACGGUGAAUCGGCGGUUUUUGCAGAGGGAGAUCUGCCCCAGCGAAGGAAGAGGGAACCGUGAACAAUUGUUAGCGUAUCUGAUGCCAAAGAAUCGCAGUCAGGAAUUUUCCAUGGAGAAUCAAGUGCUGUACACUUCGAGUGUGAAGCAGAUUUCACCCAAACAUGAGCUGGAUAGUGAGUGUAUCCUGACCAGUACGGAACUCGUGUUGAGUCCCAGCACGGGCGAACUAGAUAUCUACGAUUUGGACAGUAUUUCAAAAAUUUGGACCAAACGAUUCCAGCAUCAGGAAACGGCGGUGGAAAUUUUCUUCAAGACUAGCAAAUCGCUAUUCCUGGUGUUCGAUCGUCAGGUAGAGCGUGAGAUAUUCGCAGGAUUCUUUCAGGAUUUGGUUCAACGUGAGGGUCGACAAGAGCUGGAAACGCAAACGCAGUUGUGGAGAGAUGGUGCGUUGAGUAAUUGGGAAUAUUUGAUGCAUCUGAAUCAAAUCUCUGGACGAACUUAUCAUGAUCUGAUGCAGUACCCUGUGUUCCCAUGGAUUUUGGCAGAUUACGAAGGUCGGGAACUUGACCUGUUGGCGGAGAAAUCUUUCCGUAAUUUAGAAAAACCAAUAGCGGUUCAGCACAGUGAGCUGGAGACGCAUUACAUCAACAAUUACAAUUAUCUCAAACAAGCGGAGUACGAAUCGAUAAGCAAUGUCAGGAUUCAACCAUAUCACUAUAGCUCUCAUUACUCCAACUCAGGCACGGUGCUGCACUUUCUAGUUCGGAUGCUCCCCUUCACGUCACUUUUUCUCCACUAUCAAGACAACAGUUUCGACAUCCCCGAUCGAACGUUUCAUUCGUUGUUCACAACGUGGAAUUUAGCCAGCCGAGACUCGCCAACCGAUGUCAAGGAGCUAAUUCCGGAGUUCUUCUGUCUGCCGGAGUUUCUGGAAAACUUGGAGUGUUUCGACUUUGGAGUUCGACAAUCGGGGGAACCCGUCAAUCACGUUGAACUGCCCGUUUGGUGCCAUCAAUCUGCGCGAAUGUUUGUGCUUAUUCAUCGCCAAGCGCUAGAAUCGGAUUACGUGCGGAAACGACUGUCCCAUUGGAUUGACCUAAUUUUCGGCUACAAACAAACGGGCCCAGCUGCGGUAGAAGCUAUCAAUGUGUUCCAUCCGGCAACGUAUGCCACUUUCAGUGCAUCCAAUAUCGAAGACCCGGUCGAGAAACUAGCGCUCGAAACAAUGAUUAAAACAUACGGCCAAAUGCCUAGACAACUGUUCGACACGCCACAUCCCCAGGCCAGUAUCAAUCCGCUGGGUGUGAACGGUCCGGAAGUGGUGGAAAACGUUGUGGGAUUGAAGUGGGGGCUAUAUAGUGGCACUCCCGUGCUUCCUAGCCCGAAGAUUGUAGACAUGCGAACAUCACCGAAAAAUCUCGCGUCAUUGGUUCAAACAGAUUCUAACAAAAUCGUUGGAUUGCCACCCCGAACCAGCAUUUUCCGAGGACUACCUUCGAAGGGGCAUUUUGUGGUGGAUUGGGGUCAACUGGAUGGGGUGAUCCGGGUUCGAUCGAUCCAAGAUAAUGACACCAAAUCGAACGAAUUGGUGUACAACACUAACAUUGAUCCCAUUACGGCUUGCGGGUGUGAUCCAAGUUGUCCCGACAUUUGGUUCGGUCAUCGGAGCGGCCGAAUUGUGGUGUUUCAACAACGACAGGUGAGGAAAGCUUCUUUUUUCAACCAAAACAUACAGUCAACGGUCACACGAACCCGAUCGAGUUCAUUCCGACGGUGGAUCGAUCGCAAGAGUGCAACCUUGAGGAAAAAACUAGAAGGGGACGACAUUGGUGAGCACUCGUUCGGGAGUUUGGGAGUGGCACCAAUCAAAUGGAGCUUCCCAGUUGCCUUGAUGAAACAUCAGGCGGAGAUUACGGCUAUCGCUAUGUGUCCCGAAUUUAAAAUAGUGGUUAGUGUCAGUAUGGAUGGCAUUGCAACAAUUUGGGACUCCAACAGCUUGAGUUAUGUGAGGGAGAUUCCCAAGCCAGUGAAUGUGAUACACUCAAAAAUCAGUCUUGUGUGUAUCAGUCCGACGCUGGGUGAUAUCGUUACGAUUCAUUCUAGUCAGGAGUCGAAAUCUUUCCUGAACCGUUCGGACGAAUCGUCGAUCCUGGUAGAUGACGAUAGUUUCGAGGUGACGGAAAAUUACAACGUAGAUUAUGUGAACAUUAUGAUGGGGUCUAGUCGGGACCAGUUGCGACUGCACACGGUUAACGCGAAAUAUGUGGAACAUGUUUUCCUAGAGAGUGCAGUGAUGUCUAUGUGUUACACUUCGGUAAAGGAAGGCUGUGGAGUGAACUGUAUUGCUGUUGGUCUCGACACUGGCACGAUAAGACUGUAUAGUAGCUGGAAUCUAGCACUCGUCCGGGAGAUAACAAUGAAUCCUUACGAUGAAUGCGGCAUCAGAUGUUUGCUAUACUCGAAGAACCAACAUCUAAUCGUGCUGACCACAAGCAACGUUAUCCAGACGUGGAAAUCGGAAGGUCUUCCUGGUACAUCGCCUCAAACAUUGGAACUACCGGUUCGACGUUCAAUCAGCUAAGCCGGUGGCCAGUCAAACUAUUCUGAAUGUGUAAUAUAAAAUCUCGAAGAUCUUUAAAGAAUUGUUACAAUGUUAGAAAUAAAGAAAGUUAAUAUAUUUUUACAA